AUGAUUAAACAAAAUAAAUGUAAAGUUCCCUGGCUGAAUUGGUGUCGGCUAUGUGUCAAGGACGAUGUACGGGGUAACAUAAACGUUUAUGCAAGCGACGAUGCGACGGCCUUGAACAGUGCCAUAACAAAGUAUUUUGAUGUUCAAAUGCGACAGGAGGAUAAACUAAGCGGUGUACUUUGCAAAGAGUGCUAUGACUUAAUAACCAAGCUACCCAAAUUCGCCGAACGUGUCAACAAAGUUCAGACGAUCUUUAAGACACUACAACGUUCCAAGUCAAGAAAGCAGUUGGAUGUAGAGGCACUACGGAAAAAGUAUGGACUGCAGGACGUAGAUUGGAUGCACAUAAUCAAGCCUGUGCUGGAAAAUGAAAACAAUACCAACAAUCAAAUUGAAGAAAAAGAAGAGGAUCUAAUGGCUGUCUCGAAUCAGGAAAAUAAUGAAACACAGACUCUUGAAAUGAACAACAAUAAUAGCCCUGCUAAAAUUCAGUGCAGAAGACUAUGUGUCCGACUAACUCCUUUUAAGUUGCCCAAAACUGAUUCACCAGGCAAUAGUAAGGAGAAGCGCAAUCAGAACGUUGACAUUGUCGAUAAUGAAACAAAUGUCAAUCCAGAUUUAACAGAGAAUGAUGAAUUCAAUGAGACCUCCUGCGCAGGUAUCUACGGUGGUCUGGAAUGCCUAGAUCAUACUAUUGUUAGCAUGCCAAUUGAAAUAGAAAUGGGUAAUAACGAUGCAAAAGACUAUACUAAGAAGAAUUCUAUCAAAAGACUUCGUAGCGGACAAUUUAAAAAGUUGUCUGAAAAUGAUUCGGAUCAAGUUCCACUUUUGGUGAAGAAAGAGUACUGCGAAGAACCAAAUGCAAUUGACAUUUUCGAUAGUGAUAACCCAAUUCCAACAGAACAUGAACUACAUAUGGAGGCAGGUUGUUCGAGUCUGUACGGGGGCUUAGAGUUUCUGUUAGGAGUAGAAAGCCCCGCCAAUUCCUCCGUUGAGUCCGAGAAUUUGUUGGAAGAAGAUAACUCCGAUAAUUCCUCCGAAGAAUCGAAUUAUCUACUUGAAUAUUCAUCAGACAGCUACAGUGACGAUGAAUAUGUUGCAACUAAAAAAUACAAGUACGAUAAAGAGAAGAAGAACGCGAAAUUUGAGUGUGAGGUGUGUGGAAAAAGGUACUACGUCCUCAAACCAUAUGAGAAGCAUUUAAAACAUGGCUGUGGGAAAAAUAAGGAGGUGGAUAAGAAGCAUUUAAAACAUGGCUGUGUGAAAAAUAAGGAGUUGGAUAAGAAGCAUUUAAAACAUGGCUCUGGGAAAAAUAAGGAGAUGGAUAAGAACAUGUACUGCGAACUCUGCAAGAAGACGCUGAGUAGUUUAUCAUAUAUGAGGAAACAUAUUAAGUCCGUACACAGUACUGACAAUCCCCACGCCUGCGACGUCUGCAGUAAACACUUUAGAACUAUUGCCCAUCUUAACAAUCACAGAGUGGUGCAUAGUGAAGAUUGGAAAAUUAAGUGUGAUGUUUGCGGCGCCCCUUUUAGUAAUUCCAAGAACCUUAAACGGCACCUAGUCUCUCAUCUGAAGUUGCGUCCAUAUGUCUGUAAUUAUUGUGACAAAUCAUUUUCAAAAAAUGCAGUAAUUCGUGCGCAUAUACUAAAACAUCAUCCUGAAGUAAAGGACGAUAGAUUCACACUAUUGAAAGUACCAAAAUUAAAAGAACUGCGUGUCAUGGCUCAAAAAUGUGUGAAAUAACAGCGGCUGCUUCGAGUUUUCCCUAUUUCAAGUUAAACUAAAUUCCUUUAAAACACAUUUGUAAUGGUAUUGAUCAAUGUUAAUAAUUUAUAAUACAAAUUUAAAUUUAAGCCAAUAAAAUAACUACUUUCCUUAAAUAAAA